CCAACACUUUCAAUUGCCCAGAAGAACCCCGAGCACGCAUUUCGAGACACUCACCGAGCGCCUCUCCAUAUUUUCCACCACCAAUCCUACUCACAUACCAUGGCUCCCGAAUCCAACAACCACGAGUUCCCCUACUCACUAACAAUCUCCCUCCCUCUCCCAACAAAUCGCCUCGCCUCCUCCGCCUUGCGCACCCUAGAAGUCGACUCAGAACUGUCCCCCUUCGUGCGGCGCACACUCAGUCUCGAAUCUCCAACCUCCGAACCUCCCUCGGAGCCCAAAGAAAAGAAACAAAAGCAAGAUCCCGAUGAAUCAAAGAGCGUGUUGAAGACUACAUACUACGCGACUACUAAUCGCAUGCUACGCGUUGCUGUUAAUGGGUUUAUGGAGAGUCUGGGUGUUAUACUUGGGGUUAUGACUGAAUUGGAUGUUGAUGUUCUGAAGGCUGAGAUGGAGGGUUGAAAGGAUGACACUAUGGCACUGAAAGAUAUGCUUGAAUGAAGGGUUGUCUGCUUCCAGGGCUCUGUGCUAGUUGCUAGGUCUUGAUCUUGAUCUUGGACUUGUCUACAGCGAGGGCGGCAACAUCCUCAGACUCAGACUUGGCUUCGUCCUUUCCGGCGUUGGGCUAUACUUCUACUGUUUUACACUAUCGCUCGAGACUAUUCACAGUUUCACUGGGCAGUGAGUUACACCUUGAUUCAUUGAAUGGCCUUUUCGAUGCCAUCAAGGUUGAUUAUCGCUUAAUGGGAAGAGCAACGCCAAGAGAGCCCCCAUUGCAGAUCGGAGAAGAAUGACUAGGCACAACGACUGCUUGGUUCCAGCUACGUGACUGCUCCUUAUUGCUGGAUCGCAGGUUUCAUCUGCUGUUGGAUUUGCUUCGCUCUUAGCCUGGACUAGCAGGAAUCCCCAGCAAUGUGAGUAAUAUGGAUAUUCAAAUGGUCCAAUUUUACAUUGCAUUAAACAAGCAAUAGAAAUGC